AUGGAGCUGGUGAGGGCGGCCGCGGCGCUUUGCCUCUGCUGCCUCUGGAGCGCCUGCCGCCUUCGCCACGGGCAGUUGGACGCCGCAGCCGUCCGGCCCUUGGCAGCAGCAGCAGCACAGGAGGACGCCGCCGCCGCCGCUUCAGCCUCAGCCUGGAAGCAGAAGGAGAGCGGGCGCCGCAGCAGCGCUUUCCGCAAUGGCACGGUGGUGCCUCACGACUACAUGGUGGCCCUUUACCACAGCCUGGCCAGGAGCAAGGAGCCGCCGGCGCCCGCCGCCUCUGCAGCAGCCGAGGAAGAAGAGGCCCGCGCCGACACUGUCACGGGCUUUGCAGACCAGUCGCAGCCGCGAGAUGACUCUCGCUCAGAGGCCGGGGAGCGAUACCUCUUCGAUAUCUCCAGCCUGCCCGAGCUGGACGAGGUGGUGGGUGCCGAGCUGCGGAUCUUGCGGAAAGCCCCCGAAAACAGGAGCCUGGCUUCGUCUCCGGAAGGCCUCCUCCAUCGGCUGCUGCUCUCCACUUGCGUAGGCCGAGAAGAAGGCCGUGAGCCGGAUCUCUUGGAUUCCAGGGUUGGCGACCUCUUGGACUCCGCCGUCAUUUCUUCGCCCCAAUGGGAAGUGUUCGACGUCUGGGCAGCCUUGAGGCGCAGGGCUGAGAAAGCCAGCCAGCAGCGAGUGCUUUGCUUCCUCCUGAGGGUGGUCUCGGAUCAGUCCGGAAGGCUUUUACCCCCCGGGCAGUUAGGGUUCCGUAAGGAGCAGCCCUCGCAGCCCCACGAGAGAGCCCUCCUGGUCGUGUUCUCUCGCACCAAACGGAAGGAGAACCUUUUCAAGGAGAUCCGCGAGAAGAUCAAGGCUCUCAGUGGGGGGCCCGGUCUCCUGCUGGAACUCCCCAAUUCAGGCCAAGACUCCCUGGCCAAACAGAGGCGGCGGCGGAGGAGGACCACGCUGGCGGGCAGGGCGGCUGGGGGACGAGGCCACGGCAAAAAGGCCAAGAGUCGCUGCAGCCGGAAAGUCCUGCAUGUCAAUUUCAAGGACCUGGGCUGGGACGACUGGAUCAUUGCGCCCCUGGAUUACGAGGCGUAUCACUGCGACGGCGUGUGCGAUUUUCCGCUACGCUCCCACCUGGAGCCCACCAACCACGCCAUCAUCCAGACGCUCAUGAACUCCAUGGACCCCGAGGCCACGCCACCCAGCUGCUGUGUCCCUUCCAAACUCAGCCCCAUCAGCAUCCUUUACAUAGACUCCGGCAACAACGUGGUUUACAAACAGUACGAGGACAUGGUGGUGGAGACGUGCGGCUGCAGGUAG